GUGCAUCUAAAGCAGAAGAAGCGGAUCGAUUUGAAUGCAUUCGUAUAAAUGCAUUUCUUAAAAUGUGGAUUAGUGUGCUUAACGAGGUAUUGAUUCAUUUUAAAAUCCGUUUUCAAAAUUAAGAAAUGUUAUGUGAAAUGCAGCUGUAGUAGCACCUCGCUACCUGCGGUGGCACUACAGCACGCGACAGUGACUUAGACAUCUUGCGUGACGCCGAAGAAGAGAGAGCUACAACAACCCGACGCAUAGACGUUUAUUUCUGGCGCGGGAAAUCAAGGCUACUGAACCAAGAAGGUGGAUCCUUCCAAAUCCUUGCUCCAUGGCGGACACGGUCAUAGUCCUCGAUGAGGAAGAGAAGUGUCCGGAACCUGCUCCAAGUCACAUCACCCAGUCCCCUUUUGCCACAGCAAAGAAGCCGUCAAAUGCUCUUGUGGCCGAAAAUCAGAAACUAUUUCAGGAGUUCAUCAAACACUGUGAACCAUCCACCAAGGACUGUCCCGACGUCCUCGUCUUCCUUCAAACCAAGCAUGCCAAGGCUUGUCCCAACUACCUGUCAUCCGUGGAGUUUAGGAACGUACUGGGAAGGUGUUUGACCCGGGCUCAGUCGAAUCGCUUGAAGAUCUUCGUCUACAUAAACGAACUGUGCACAGUGCUUCGACAGCAUUCGCUCAAAAAGCGACGAACCUUGACCUCUGUCAAGCCCACCGACACUGCCGCGUCUACCUCCACCGAGCCAUGUUCUCCUCUUCCCCCUGGUGCACCCCAAGCUUCAAACAGUUCUGCAGACCUGAAGGUAAAUGGAAAGAUUGAAGGGGAUCAGCCUUCGACCUCAGGACACAAUGACGGCAGCGACAAUCAGCCUCAAGAUGUGAAGAAGACUGAGAGGCGUCUUAAGAAGCAGGUGGCGUACUUGGAGAAUCUGCUCAAAAUGUACAACGAGGAGAUCUGCCGUCUGCAGCAGGCCGAGCUGAGCCUGGACGACAUGGCAGCCGAAGACUCCACCUACAUCCAGGAGAACAAGCUGAAAAACAAGAUGAUGAAGAUCUAUCAGAAGCUGUGCGAGCUGAAAGGCUGCAGCAGCGGAACUGGCCGAGUCAUAGAGCACAAGCUCUUCUUCAAGAGCACUCGCUACCCAGAGAUCAACAAGAAGAUCGAGCGGUUCAUCAACAGCCCUCAAGCCAAGGCCUGUCCCCCAGAUUACCAGGACAUCCUGCAGCAGGUGACGCAGGCUAACACCAAGCACCAGCUUUGCAUUAGCAAAGUGAAUCUGGAACAAAUCGCCCGCGACGCUUUCAGAGAAACGGCCAGCCAAAUCCAGGAGAGACGUCAUCUGGAUCUGGUCUACAACUUCGGCUGUCAUCUGACAGACAAGUACAGGGCUGGUGAGGACCCGGCCCGCUCAGACACAGCACUGGACCGUAAGCUGCGCUCCAACAGAGAAGUGUCCCUGAACAACCUGGGCGACGUCAUAAACAAAUAUGCCAGGCUGCAGGACGAGCAGGAGGACGAGGAGCUGAACAAGAAGCAGCAAAGGAACGGCAAAGCGGAAACAAAACCAGGGAAGGGUAAACAGGCCAGCGAGGAGGAGGAGGAGGAGGAUGAAGAGGACGAGUCUGAGGACGAGUCUGAGGACGCUGACAUAGAGGAGGAGCUCAAGGCCAGCACGGAAGCAAAUGGAAGCGAAAAUGAGGAGGAGGAUGAUGGAGGUGGGGCUGGGGACGAUGAUGGAAGUGGAGCUGGGGACCAGAACCCAGCUGCUGUGAUUGAAGAAGACUCUUUAGGAACUGAGGGCGGAACUGAGGACCCGACCAACGGCGGUGAGGCCGACGCUUCAGGAGGGGAGGAACAGAGUCCUCUCUCUGAACAGAGCAGCCUCAUGGUGGUCGAUGUGGCCCCCAAGGUGGAGGAGGACAACCACACGGAGCCGGACCGCAACAUGACGGUCACUACAGAUAACAGGGAGGCGGCAGUCACCCCCACGACUGGCUGCAAUGAAGCGCCAGUGCCGCUUAACGGGGUGUUCCCUCACUCAACACCUGGAAAAACCCAGGAGCAAAGCUGUGACCCACUGCCUCGUGGAAGGUGCCUUUCCAGGAAGAAGAGGAAACGGGAAGCCAGUGGACACGAGAAGGUGAAAAUCCACCAGAAUGGCGACGACGCCAUCUCUCUGGAUAUGGGUGUUUUCAUCUGCGACUCACCCACACGGGAUGACUCCACUGUGGCCUGCGUCGGCACCAGCACAGUCUCCAGGACGCCCAGUGGACUGCAGCAGGCUAAGAAGAAGAAAAUGGUGGACAAGUCGACCCAGUGCGAUCCUGAAGAAACUAUUGUUCUGUCCGACUCCGAAUUGUGACAGUCUCAUGCCACACGAUCGACUCAGGCAUAAAGAACAGAAGCCUCAUGUUUUGUAAUCACUGUUGAAGACGGAGACCUUUUUUUUUUACUGAAAUCUUUUGAAAUCAGCGUUUGGCUGUUCCUGGGUUUCAUUUGUCUCAUGUCCCAAAGUUCUUUUUUUCAUUCUUUGAUAAUAAACUUUUUACAAAAUACAAAAA